AUGAAUCAAAUCAAUAAACUGUCCCAUAACACUAAGGUAAGAAACACCAUUUAUUUUGAAGCUGGAAUUGGAAUUUCUGGCAACAGCUUCCUCCUUCUCUUCCAUAUCCUCAGGCUCAUUCAUGGGCAGAGGCUCAGACUCACCGACCUGCCCUUUGGGCUCUUGGCCCUAAUCCACAUACUGAUGCUGAUAGUCAUGAGUUUAGUGGCUACAGACAUUUUUAUGCCGUGGGGGAAGUGGGGUGACUCCACAUGCAAACUUAUUAUGUUCUUGUACAGGUAUUUUAGGAGCCUCUCUCUCUGUGCCUCUAGCCUGCUCAGCAUCCUCCAGGCCAUCACCCUCAGUCCCAGAACCUCCUGUCUAGCAAAGUUCAAGUGUAAGUCUGCAUACCACAUGCUAGGCUGUCUCCUUUUCCUCAGUGUCCUCUAUGUAUCCGUUAGCAGUCCCCUCAUGUCAUACGUGACUGCGACCCCUAAUUUGACCUCAUCUAGUCUUGUAUACCUAACUGAAUCUUGCUCUCUUGUAGUCAUGAGUUACACUGUCUGGCAUACAUUUUAUAUAUUAUUAUCUGUCAGAGACAUCAUCCUUGUAGGUCUUUUGGCUCUCUCCAGUGGGUACAUGGUGACUUUCCUGUGUAGACAUAAGAGGCAGUCUCAGCUUCUCCACGGUACCAGCCUUUCCCUUAAACCAUCCCCAGAACAAAGAGCCGCACGGACCAUUCUGUAUCUCAUGAGUUUCUUUGUUGUGAUGUACACCUUGGACAGCAUCAUUUCCUACUUAAGAAUAAAUAAUAAUCCCAUUGUGUAUUGUAUGUCAAUUCUCAUAGGUCACAGUUAUGCCACAGUCAGUCCUUUUUUGAUUCUCAGUGCUGAAAAAAAUAUAAUUAACAUUUUAAAAUCUAUGUAUGGGAGGGUAGUAAACAUGUUAUUGCUCAAGGAUGGGUAAAGUUCCCUUAAG